AAGCGCCAUGGAACUCAAUCAUCAUUCCCACCCAUGCCCAUGGCCACCAUCUUUAUUCCCACCACCUUCAAAACUAAGCUUCCCAGCCCACGCUAUUCUCACCGGAGGUCCACCUGUUCUUCCGUCACCGCCCAAUCCCGAUCCGCCAGGGAGCACCUCCUAACUCUCAUCGCUGACCAGGAGCGCGGCCUCCGCACCCAGAAAGACCCUACGCAGCGAGCCGCAAUCGUCGAAGCCAUCGAUACCAUGGCCGUCGUCGGCUCCGGCUCCGUCACCACCGGCGAUUCGCUGUCGGGGACGUGGCGGCUUCUGUGGACGACGGAGAAGGAGCAACUCUUCAUCAUCGAGAAGGCUCCCUUGUUCGGAACCCGAGCCGGCGACGUAUUGCAGGUUAUAGAUGUUCGGAAAAGGACCCUCAACAACGUCAUCACUUUUCCUCCUGAUGGCGUUUUCUUUGUUCGUUCUGGUAUUGAGAUUGCGUCGCCGCAGAGAGUGAAUUUCAGAUUUACUAGUGCAGUAUUGCGUGGGAAGAACUGGGAAAUGCCAUUGCCACCGUUUGGUCAGGGUUGGUUUGAUACUGUCUACCUCGAUGAUGAACUUCGAGUUGUAAAGGACAUCAGGGGAGAUUAUUUGGUUGUUGACCGAGCUUCCUUUUGCUGGAAAGAAUGAAUGGAAUCUUUAUUAUGUAUUUGCUGUGGCUGAUUAUGGACAAAAUUGCGGUAGUUGACUAACUGGAUUUAGGGUCAGGGUGACGUUUGGAGUCUCAUUCUGUCCCCCACACAUGGAAGAUAAGGGGAACACAACUGCAUCAGCAAGCGAAGAAAAGUGGAGCUGUGAGUAAAGAUUAGCACACCAAAUUGGCUUUGGAUUAUGUUGUGAUUAUGCACUAAGUGAGCGUGCAACUACUAGACCCAAUGGCUGGGACCAUCACGUGUGUGUCCCCUUCGCCAUUUUAUAUUGUAUGAGCAGACUUUUUGUCCAUUAUUAUGGAUACUUUCUAAAGCUCUCCUUUUUCUUUUUUGAUUUUUUCUAAUCAUCAUGUGGGAU